AACUAUUCCGACAUAUCAACAGAAACCGCAGCACUGGACUCUGUUGAAGGCAAAGACGCUCUACAUUCGGAUGAGGCGACACUCGCACAGCAGGAGGCUAUCGAAAGCGAUAUAAAAGCCAGCUCCCCACUAAUUUCGGAAGUCUUACCCCUCACGACCCUUGACGAAGACUUUUCUGGACAUCCUGUCUACCUUGAAAAACUGGAGCUCUUGAAGAAGAAAUACACAGGAAUACGGCGACUUCGACGUGAUGGCAAUUGCUUCUACCGUGCAUUUGGUUUUGCCUACAUCGAAUACCUAUUGAACGGGAAAAGGCUCAAGCAGGCUGAACGUUUGAAAUCGAAAUGUGACGAGUGCCGUGAUGCUCUAAUUUCAUUCGGCUACACACAAUUCACGGUGGAGGAUUUUCACGAACAGUUCACUGCUAUGGUUGAUCGAUUUACCGUGGAUGGUGAACCACUUGCAAAACUGGAGGCUACCUUUAAUGACCAAGCCUACUCUGAUUACUACGUCGUCUUUCUACGUCUUCUGGUCUCAGCUUAUAUGCAAAAGAAUGCCCCAUUCUACGCAGACUUCAUUGAUGAGGGACGAACAAUUAGUCAAUUCUGUGAAACGGAAGUCGAGCCAAUGACUCGCGAAUGUGAUAAUAUCCACGUGGCCGCUCUGGCUCUGGCGGUCGGUAUCCCCAUUGCGAUCGAGAAUUGCCAACAAUCAGGCGAAUUGACACGGAUCGUUUUCCCGGCUCGAGUGGAUGGUGGGGAGGAUGCAAACACAGGCUCGGACAAGCUCCCGUCGGGCGAGCCUACAUCCGCAACCCAGCCUCCUGUCACCUUGUUGUAUCGCCCCGGGCAUUAUGACAUACUGUAUGCUGGUUAAUCAAACAUGCCUGUUCUGUGUGGACUCCAUCCACAUCCAUCAACAUACUUUGAUAGUUCAUCGCACACAACUGUAUGUGUAAAUAUGAUUGCCUGCUGUUUGUUUGUUUAUGAAUUUGCUUCUGAGUUUAGGUAUUUGCAGAACGAAUAAUGAUGAUUAAUGGUCUGUUG